UAUAGGACGUCCUGAGAGACUCAUGGACAAACAUCUCACUGAUGGUCACUGAAGUGGAUGUUGGACUGUCAGAACCAGAACCAAAGAGCAGAGCUGGAUUCUUAAGAUAUUCAUGUGAAAUCACUCUGGAUCCAAACACAGCAAACACAAAUCUGGUUCUAUCAGAGGGGAACAGGAAGGUGACAAGGACGGAUAACAAUCAGUCUUAUUCUAGUCAUCCAUACAGAUUCACUGAUUAUUAUCAGGUUCUGAGUAGAGAGAGUCUGACUGGACGUUGUUACUGGGAGGUUGAGUGGAGCGGGUUAUUGGUUAAUGUAGCAGUCGCUUACAAGAAUAUCAGUAGAAAAGGUCAGAAUGAAUGUAUAUUUGGAUAUAAUGACAAAUCUUGGGCAUUAGAUUGUUUCAGAUCUACAUUUGGUCACAACAACAUCUGGACCUCCGUCUCAGGUCCAGUUUCCUCCAGAGUCGGAGUGUACCUGGAUCACAGAGCAGGUAUUCUGUCCUUCUACAGCGUCUCUGAAACCAUGACUCUCCUCCACAGAGUCCAGACCAGAUUCACUCAGCCGCUACUGGCUGGAGUUUGGGUUUAUUACACUGGAGACUCUGCAGAGUUCUGUAAACCCAAAAAGAUUUUCUCUCUGAUUGUUGAUCAGGUUUCAUGGUUCUGA